UUCAGUGCCGAAGCAAGUGUGGGUGAGGGAACAACAACGCCGAAGGACCGGCAAAAACAACUUUUAUAUUGUUAAAUAUUUAUCAGAAGCAUCCGCCGUUUUUAAAAGAGCUUUUUUCCUGGACAAAUGCAAACAAAAGAAGUCAUUUUAAAGUCUUUUUGUUUUUAAAACAACCCCGAAGAUUGCAAUAUUUUGAGCUUGAGAGCCUCCAUCCGCGCGCUGAAAAGUGUGCAAAGAAAUCAACAAAAAAGAUAAGAAAAAAAAGUAAAUAUACAUAUAUAAUCGAAAAGGGCACUCUGGAAAAGCAGAUACUUGAGUGCAAUAUGUCCAGCAAUAUAUUGCCGCAGGGCAAUCGAUAAGCGAAGCGAAGUGAAGUCCGUGGAAUCCUCGCUGGCGAUGCAGUGGGACGCUGAUGCAGUUGGACUUGGAUCGAUAUAAAACAGUUUAGAGGGGCGUUCGUUCAUAUGUGCAUAUCCUGCGGCGAGUGGCGCCAGUCGAUGCAUCAUUCCGCAUCCUGUUACCGUAUCCCGUAAGUCGGCAUAUGAAGACACUCCGUUGCAGUGAUGAGAUCGAGGCUGUUUUGGAUACUGGCGAUUAUAUACUCCUCACUCCAUCACAUCGGCUCGGGCUCCACGUCGACCACAUUGAAACGACCGCGAGCUGGCGAUCCAUUCGACACGUUUCCGAAGAACUUCUGGCAGGAGUUCUCGUCGCCGUUCACCGACACGCCCGAGGAUGAGGAGCUGGAGGUCACCGAGACGACCACCCACGAGCCGUUCCCGUUCUUCGCCGAUCCGUACACCACGCUGAACAUCAGCACCCAGCUCUCGUCCAGCGUUUAUCUGCACUGCCGGGUGAACGAUCUGCAGGGCAAGACGGUGUCCUGGAUGCGGCGCCGUGGCGAUGACCUCACCCUGAUCACCUUUGGCCAGCACACGUAUAGCGGCGACUCGCGGUAUUCGCUGGAGUUCGAGGAGCCCAACGAUUGGAAGCUGCUCAUCCAGUUCGCCAACGAGCGGGACGAGGGUCCCUACGAGUGCCAGGUGUCCUCGCAUCCGCCGCUCGUCCUGCUCGUUUACCUUACGAUAAUUGUUCCUCACGUGGAGAUACUCGACGAGCGGGGCUCGGCCACGCCGGAGAAGUACUACAAGGCUGGCAGCACCAUCGAGCUGCAGUGCGUCAUUUCGAAGAUUCCGCAUCCCUCCUCCUACAUCACCUGGCGGCACGGACCGCGUCUGCUCAACUACGAUACUAGUCGCGGAGGAAUCAGUGUCAAGACGGACAUGCUGCCAGGACGAGCUCUGAGUCGCCUGUAUAUCGCCAAUGCCAAUCGCCAGGACACGGGCAACUACACCUGCAUGCUGGGCAAUGAGAUUACGGAGACGGUGGUGGUCCAUGUGCUGAACGGUGAGGAGCCAGCCGCCAUGCAGCAUGCGAAUGGAAGCCGCCAAAAGGCCGACGCCUCCACAAUGGUUGUGUUAUUUCUAGUGUACGUUUGCAUCUCCGGUUCGAUUUCCGUAGCCGGAAUGGAGCGGGGAUUGGGCCUGGGACGGGUGUGGGGAUGGGGAUGGGAAUUAAGACGAUGACGACGCAGCCUAAUCCGGGGAUCGUAGAUCCCAGAUUGUGUCGCGGGAAAUGCAUACACCAAAAGAGUCUUGUCCAGGAUUGCAUUUUCGACUUUUACUCUAAUCAUGGGUUGUUUAACAUACGAUACAUAGCAUAAACCGAAUACUAAGCUUAAGUCAAGUGUAUUUAAAAAGAAAAACAAAAAAGCGGAAAUCGAAAGAUCGAAAGCAAAACGAAACAAACAAAAAACGGAAAUGAAAGUGAAAUGAAAAAGUCGUAACUAGUAAGGGCGUACGCGAAAUAUAUAGAUGAGAAAUUGAUUUUUAGCGCUAGAACAUAACAUUAUUAGUAUCAUAAUCGAAUCGAAUUGUACUACCAAACGGCCGUGUUUAUGUUGGCUAACAUAUUGAUCUUAUAUACACACAUACACAUUAUUGCAUCUAACGUAUCCAUUUAGCUCCUUGUUACGUCCACGUCAUUAUGGAUAUACAUGCAUGCAUACAUACCUAAAUUUGUAAGGUCCAAAGGUUAAAGCAUAAUUGUUUCUCACUCGGAUCGCCUUCCGAAGGUCGCAUCACCGGAAUAUUAAUAUUUCCACAACGCUCGUGUGUAUUCUAUAUCCCGAUUAACGUAUAGUAUACACCUCCGAUCCAAGGCCUUGUUAAUGAAAAUAUGGUUGUAGCUUCUUGAAAUCAAACAGCAUAUCAGUUGGGAUCAUUCGUAAUCGUAAUCAAUAAUAAUCAAUACCGAACAAAAUCGUACUUCAAUUAUCCCUCAUUUUCAGUCCUUGAUUUUUUAUCCUUGUCUCAGAUUUUUGAAUACUUAAGUGCAUCGAUAACUGGAGGAGAGCUAGAGAGGUUGUUAAAUCAUUAAAUAAUUCGAAACAUUAUAUGUAUGUGCGUGAGCUUGAUCAGUAGAUGGGUUUUCCUCAGUUUAUCCACGAUCUAGAAAUGUAAAUGAGAAACACUUAGGAAAUGUUUAACGUUAACAAAACUGUGCCAUUCAAAAUGGAUACAUAUCGUUUAAUUGUUGUUGAUUCGGUUGCGGAACCAAUGACCAUUUGAGGCAAAACCAAUUAAUUGUAUAUUUGUAUCUUUUUCAAGUCGAAAACACAACACAACUCGGACCAAUGGGUAAAUACUUGAUUCUUUGAUUGAAAACGGUCCCUAAAAACCAAAAUCAAAAUCGAAAUCGAAAACCAAAACCGUAACCCCUAAAAGUAAUUCAAUUAAACGAAAUAAAUCACGAUCAAGAACAAGAAGCAAAUGAAUACUUGCCACUUUCAUUUCUCGAUUUGGGCGUAAGGUGCGGACCCAUCACUCGGUAUGCACAUAGCCAAUGUCCACUGUACCCUUCCCCCACAUGCGAGUACCAUAUAUCAGUUUAUGUCUUAGGCUUUAGCUUUCGCUUCAAACGAUCACCGCCUUUGUAUUUAAAGCCCCGAAAAACUAUCGAUAUCCUUACUCACCGACGGCUUUCCAAAUUCAUAUUGCUUUAAGAUCGGUUAUUACAUACCACACACUCUCUUUACAAAUUGUAUUUCGAAAUCAAAGCUCAGCUUGAAACACACAAAAAAAAAAAAAAAAAAAAAAAAAACGGAAAAAAAAACAGAAGUAAUCAAAUUUAAGAAACGAAAUUAUUGAUGAGGCUUGAGGCCUAAGUACUUGGGUAAACUAAUUUCAAAUGGUCCAGUGUAGUUAUUGUAAAUUAUUCAAAUUGAUUGAUCCCGACCCGAAUCGGUCCUUGGAGUAUGCCCUUAAAUAACACAAAUGAAAAACAGAACAGAACAAAACAAAACAAGACAAAUGUUGGAGUGAGAUAACGAAACAAUACUUAGAGACUAAUAAAAAGUGACGAAACGAAA